AUGCCGCUGCCUCCAGCAAGUGGCGGCGCGUACCCGGCAACCUCCAUGGCGAAUGAGCCUUACCAGAAGCUGCCGAUAACGGGCUCCCCGCACUACACAGCGGAACCCCAGGAGAUGCCUAUGCAGCAGGCCUCGUCGAUGCCUUCAGUGCAGCUCUCGCUUGUCGCUAACGACCAUCCGCAAUCGAACAUUCGGACGCAGUACGCUUAUGUCCAAGGAACGUCUGCCCCGCCACCGCAAAUGUCCCUGCCAACUGCCAGUGAUGCCAGUGGCCUGAGCAUCCCGAGAUAUGUUGACAACAACGCGCGCCCGGCGAAGAGCCCCCGCCACGGAAACAAUGACUCUGUCCACAGUGCGGCGUCCUUGAGCACGAGCAACGACACACCUGGCGAGUAUAGGUAUGCCCCGACACCGUACUUGGGCGUCGGGAGCACCAGCGAGCUAAGCCCACACUCGCAGCACCCGCAACAUGAUGCUCAGCAUUCGCCAUCGCAGCCACCUCCGCCACAACAGCAAGGACGUACCCAGCAGCAACAGUCGCAGCCUCAGUCACAGCAGCAGUCUCCGUCACAGCCACUACCUCUCCCCCACCCGCAACAGCCGCCGCCGUCACAGCAGCAGCAGCAGCAGCAGCACCAGAGUGCCCCCCAGCACCACCAGGGGCAGGCGUACGGCCCAACGUCGCACGAUACUUCAGGCAACAACAGCACGGCCAACCCGCCUUCAGCGUCUCACCCGCCUCCCCGCGACUAUUAUCCAUCGGCGACUUCAUGGGCACAGCCUCCUGGUGAUGCGAGCCAAACUCCGUAUGCGAACGGCGAAUCUCGACACUAUUCCUUCCCUGAUCAAUACAAGGCCGGCCACCAAGUUAAAAAUGGCGAAGCUCUUCCACAACCACACAGCUAUGCUGCCCGGGGAUCGUUCGAUGCGACGACGAUGAACCACUACUCUUGGAGUGCGGCUUAG